AUGGUACUUAUCAGGAAAAGCCUGAUAGCACUUUGCCUCUUGCUUAUCGGUCUGGUAUCAUUUAUUACAAGGUCGGGCGCACAAGCUUGCCCUCCGCCGACAGGCGUAUCGGCAUCACCCGUGUCAGCUUGUCUUGGUAAUCCCAUUACACUUUCGGCAACCAUACCAUCCGGCACCACGACCAUCAAUUGGUACACCGUAUCGUCCGGUGGCACGGCUAUAGCCACAACUACAUCAGCCAGUACUACCUAUACCCCAACGGCAGCCGGAACCUAUACGUUUUAUGCCGAGGCGGCUAGCAGUAGUGGCGGUGGAAGUGGGACACCACAAACCUUUUCAUACACCGGUGCAGUGCAAUCGGUAACGCUACCCUCCGGUACUUACACAUUAGAAUGUUGGGGGGCCAAUGGAGGAGGUUCUCAAGGUGGGAAAGGUGGAUACUCAACAGGGACGCUUACCCUUAGUUCUGCUACAACUAUUUAUGUUGUUGUUGGCGGGGCGGGCGGUAGUGGAGGUAUCCCCGCUGACAUUAACGGUGGGUACAACGGAGGAGGUCCCCGUCCAUCCCCAUGUGGAGCCACACGAGGUUCUGGUGGUGGCGCAACGCAUAUCGCUACUGCAACAGGGCUUUUAAGCACCUUGUCCGGAAAUCAAUCGGCUGUGAUAAUUGUUGCCGGCGCCGGUGGCGGUGGUUCGAAUGCUGGCGCAGGAGUUGGUUACGGCGGCGGUUUAACAGGUCAAAAUAGCAACGGACCAAAUCCAGGCUUAGGUGGGACUCAGACAGCCGGAGGCGCGGCUGGAGCGGGAGCAAGCGGUUCACCCGGCACUUUUGGACAAGGCGCUAACCCCGACGCCACCGGUAAUGGCUAUGUACGAAUAACUCCUUUAUCUUCUGGAUGUGUCAGUACCAGAGUGGCUACGGCUGUUGUAACGGUUUAUGCGUUACCUACGGUUGCCAUUACACCGGCAACUGCCGAUAUUUGUUCGGGUUCUUCCAUAGGGUUAACGGCAAGCGGUGCAACCAGUUAUUCAUGGUCGCCGGCAACGGGUUUGAGCGCCACAGUGGGAAAUGCGGUUACAGCCAGCCCAACAACAACAACCACCUAUACCGUAACUGGUACAAGUGCCAAUAGCUGUACCGCAACUGCAACGCGUACCGUAACGGUAUCUGCAGCGCCGGUAGCAGGUACACUUGCAGGUACACAAACAAUUUGUGCGGGCAGCACAACCAUUUUUAGCGUUAGCGGAAAUUCUGCCACCGGCACAUGGUCAAGUGGCAGCACGGGGGUAGCAACAGUUAGCAGCACCGGUGUGGUUACAGGUGUUUCGGCAGGUACGGAUACCAUCACCUAUACCGUAACAGGAACAGGUGCUUGUAGUAAUGCUACUGCAACACGCAUAGUAACCGUCAAUCCGCUGCCUGUCGCCACCGCUACCGCCGCAGGACCGACCGCCUUCUGUACCGGUGGAAGCGUCGUACUCAAUGCCAAUACCGCUACAGGUAUUAACUACAGAUGGCUGCGUAACAAUAUCGUCAUCACCGGCGCUACCGCCAGUGCCUACACAGCUACUACCACCGCUAACUAUGCUGUGGUAGUUACCAAUACAGCUACCGGUUGUGCCGAUACCUCCAGACCUGCUAUUGCUGUUACCGUUUCCACCAUCCCGGCCAAUACACUCUCGUUCACAGGUACACUCACCUUCUGCCAGGGCAGCAGCGUAAGACUCCAGGCGGCCGCCGGCACCGGAUAUACUUACGUCUGGUAUAAAGACUCCGGCAUCAUCCCAGGAGCUACUACCUCUUCUUAUACCGCUACCGCCGCAGGCGUCUACUAUGUCGUGAUCACCAACGGGUCUUGUAGCACAACUUCCAUUACCAGAACCGUUGCCGUGAAUCCCCUGCCUACCGCUACCGCUACACCGGCUGGACCGACCGCUUUCUGUAAUGGAGGCAGUGUCAUCAUAGAUGCUAAUACAGGCACCGGGCUCACUUACCAAUGGCAACUCGGCACCACCAAUAUACCGGGCGCUACUUCGCCUUCUUAUACAGCUACCGCUUCCGGCACCUACUCCGUGGUCGUAUCCAAUGGCAUCCUGUACCAAUACCUCCGGCACCGUGGUCGUGACCGUGCGCCUUCCUUCUGCCAGGGUGGUUCUGUUACGCUCAAUGCAACUACCGGUGCAGGAUACACCUAUCAAUGGUUAAUCAACAGCAACCCGAUACCAGCGGCCACUGGCGCUUCUUACAGCGCCGCCGCUUCCGGUAACUAUUCUGUAGCCAUCACCAAUGGUACCUGUGUUGCUACAUCGGCUCCAUUUACCGUAAGUGUUACUCCUGCCCCACCAGCCAUUGUUACACCGGCAGGACCUACUACCUUCUGCCAGGGGGGAUCGGUUCUGCUCAAUACCAACAGGGGCUCCGGAUACUCCUACCAAUGGACCAAAAACAACAUCAAUAUCCCAGGGGCUACUUCAUGGCAAUACACCGCUGCUUGCUACCGCCGAUUAUGCGGUCAAUAUCUUUGA